GCUCAGUGCGCCGGCAGCCGCGGGGCGGGAUGCGGCGGCGGGCGGGGGGUGUCGGUGCCGCCGCCGGGGGAACAAUGGGCUCCUUCUCCUCGGCCCUCCGAGGGGCCGUGGCGUAAGGGAGGAGGAGGAGGGGGAGGACGGCGCGGGGAGCAUCAUGAGCUCCGCCGAAAUUAAGAAGCCACCAGUGGCCCCCAAACCAAAAUUUGUGGUAGGACACAAGGUGACGCCUCCACCUGUUGCACCGAAGCCUGAUGUUGUACUUUCUGGUGUUAUACAAGCAGCAAGGAAGAACAAACCAGCAAUUGCACCAAAACCAAAGGUUCUCAAGAGCUCAUCUGUUCCAGAAGUUAAACCUCCAUUGUCUACAAGAAAAAACACAAAAAGUUUUGAGGAGCACAGGGGAGAUUCUUCUCAAACACUAGACCACUUGAACUAUAAAAAUGAAGCCUCGGAAGGGAGUACUGAUAACACAGCAUAUAUACUACCAAUGUCGUCUUGCAAAUUUGAAUGUCUUCAUAAGCUUGGAAAUGGGGAGAACAGCUGUAAAACUCAGAUCCUUUUCGAGCACUUUGAAAACUUAGAGAACAUCAAAGUCAGUGAAAAAAACACGCUGGCUCUGGGCGACGGUCACAAUGAAAAACUGGCGAAUAGAAGUCAAGUGGUUUUGAAAGCCAGCAUUUUGGAAGAGAAACUUAAGGAUGUUCUAACUCAUAGUGUAUUUCCUAACAGCAGUCCUGGGAGGCACAGGUAUGCAGACAAACUUGACAAAGGGAAUAGCAGCAAUUCCAAGAAUGAUGUUAAAAUAGAGUUUAUGGAACUUGUACAGUCUUCGUCAUCUUCCGAGGUGGCUAAUGGGAAGCAACAAAAUACUGACAGUAAGUUCACUACCGAUGAGUCUCAGAUGUCUGAAAUUUUUCCUAGUUUGACUGAAAAAAACCACAGUUGCUCUUGCCCACUGGACCAGGAAAUCCUGGAAAAUGAAAAUUCAAGUAGCAAUAGUAUGUUUUCACAUGAACUGGAUAUGAAAGCAGAUGCUGAUAAAACCUCCAGUGAAAUGUCUUCAGUCCUGAGCUCAAAAGUGCUUCCUGUCCCUAAGCCGAGGAAACCACGUGCUGCGUGUCUAGUCCGUCAGGAUGGCAUCGACACCACAGGAGAAGGAACAAAAGAACCAUCUACUUUGGAGAAGGAUUCCUUUGGGCUUGCAGAACAAAGCUUUAAAAAGCCAGCAAAAAUUAAUAUCCUUGGUCAAAGUGUUUGUUACAAUAAUAAUACAGAAGUGCUUCAUCCUGAAAAAUGUGAGAUAACUCAAAGCAAUGCAGAAAAAAUGCAUCAGGUGAAGGAACCCGCUAAGGAGGAGUCAGCUUCACAAAACCUGUUGCCUCAGUCGCACAAAACCUCUGAUUUGGAAGAAGGUGUUGAAUGUUCUUUGGAUGUAGGCCAUGACUUAGUUAACUCUGUGGAUGAGAUGACAGAUGAUAACAGUAUGCUGGAAACUGUGGAUAAAAGGACUAACUUUGUCAGGUGUGAUACUUUGUCCAUGAGUUUGCCAAAGCAACUCAAAUUAACUAGCAGUCACCACUCAUCUACUUCCAAUAGCCUUCAUGUUUCUACUCAAAAAUUGGAAGAUAAAGAAGUUAAAUUAAAGGAUGAAAGUUCUCCAAAAGUAGUUCCUAAGAAACCACAGAGGCACAGCCUACCAGCUGCUGGUGUGCUGAAAAAAGCUGCAUCGGCAGAGCUUGUGGAGAAAAGUUCUUACACCUCCAGUGAGGACAAAUCAAACAGUGUUCUGGAAGGAUGUCACUUCACGCGUCCACCAGCCAAGGAGCAAGGCACGCUGUCUACCUGUGACAUACCCAAACGUUCUUCUGAGAAACCUGUUUGGAAGUUACCUCAUCCUAUUCUUCCAUUUUCAGGAAAUUCUGAAUCGUUAAAAACUGCUAACUGUGCUAACAGCUUAAACCACCUGACUGUUGUGACAAAACCGAGGGCCAAAUCUCUUUCUUCUGUGGACAUGGAAAGGACGGACAAGCCUUGCAAAGACCAUCAAAAGAAAAAUAGCUUGAAAAAGUUUCUCAACAUGAAACUGUCGGUUUGCUUAAUGAAAAGCGACUUCCAAAAAUUUCUGUCUAAAGGCAGCCAGUCGAUGGAUAGUGCUAUCACUAAUCUUUCCACUGGGGACGGGUAUGGAAGUGGUAGCAACCGGAAUAUAGCAGCUGUAGGCAGUGAAAGGAAAGCUAAAUCUGCCAAGGCAUAUUCUUUAGAAAUAAGUAGUCCGGCAUUACAGAAGAAGAGGCAGAGGAACAGGAGUCAACCUGAGAUGCGAAGUAACCAAAGGCUGGAGUUUUUAGAUGGGCAUGUACUUCCAGGAGUAAAUUUGUCACAAAUACAUUUGAAUUCUGUAACCAGAACUUGUGCUCCAGAGUACGAGAAUGUGCGUCACUAUGAGGAAAUACCUGAAUAUGAAAACUUGCCUUUUGCUAUGGGUGCUGGGAGAAAUCACUGUUUUGAAUGGCAGAACUCCAGCAGCGUGGAAAACCAGAGCCUUGGCUUCUAUGAGGUUGAGGAGCCUUGUGAAGCUACAAACAGACGUUUGAGACUUGACAGGUCCUCAGAAGAACACCAUGAUCAUCCUAAUGUAGUAAUGGGAGACCUUCAAUCAGAUGAAGAAGAUAUCAUGAACAGUUCUGAUGAAGAUGAUGACACAAAUUCUGAUUCUAGCAAAGGGGAGCCUGAUCUUCAAGAAGAUAAACAGAGUAAGGCAGCUGGAAAGAAAACAAAGGUUUACCAUAUUGCCAAGGAGAUCAUGAGCUCAGAGAAAGUGUUUGUGGAUGUGCUAAAGCUCUUGCACAUUGAUUUCCGGGACGCUGUGGCACAUGCCUCCAGGCAGCUUGGAAAGCCAGUGAUUGAGGACAGAAUCCUGAAUCAGAUCCUGUACUACCUACCUCAGCUGUACCAACUCAAUCGGGACCUCCUGAGGGAACUGGAAGAGCGGUUAUCACACUGGCUUGAAAAUCAAAGAAUUGCUGAUAUAUUUGUUAAAAAGGGUCCCUACUUAAAGAUGUAUUCAACUUACAUCAAAGAAUUUGAUAAAAAUAUUGCACUGUUAGAUGAACAGUGUAAGAAGAAUGCAGGUUUUGCUUCAGUAGUCAAAGACUUUGAGAUGAGCCCCCGCUGUGCUAGUCUGGCGCUCAAGCACUAUCUCCUCAAGCCAGUUCAGAGGAUUCCCCAAUACAGGCUCCUGUUGACAGAUUAUUUAAAGAAUCUUUUAGAAGAAUCUGCAGACUAUAGGGAUACUCAAGAUGCUCUGGCUGUUGUCAUAGAAGUUGCAAACCACGCCAAUGAAAUCAUGAAGCAGGGAGAUAACUUUCAGAAACUCAUGCAAAUUCAGUACAGUUUAAGUGGACACCAUGAGAUUGUGCAGCCAGGAAGGGUCUUUCUGAAAGAGGGAACACUGAUGAAGCUGUCCCGGAAGGUCAUGCAGCCACGAAUGUUUUUUCUGUUCAACGAUGCCCUGUUGUAUACUACUCCAGUUCAGUCUGGGAUGUAUAAACUCAACAACAUGCUGUCGUUGGCUGGAAUGAAGGUUAAAAAGCCAACCCAGGAAGCAUAUCAGAAUGAAUUGAACAUUGAAAGCGUAGAGAGAUCCUUCAUUCUUUCAGCAAGUUCUGCUACAGAAAGAGAUGAGUGGUUAGAAGCUAUCUCCAAGUCAAUUGAAGAAUAUACAAAAAAGAGAAUUACUUUCAAUCCUAGCAAAAGUCUUGAAGAGGCAGAUCCAGAGAAACAGGAAGAAGACAGUCCGCUGGGAUCAAAGGCACCAAUCUGGAUCCCUGAUACUAGAGCCACUAUGUGUAUGAUCUGUACAAGUGAAUUCACAUUGACAUGGAGAAGGCAUCACUGUAGGGCAUGCGGAAAGAUUGUCUGUCAAGCUUGUUCAUCAAAUAAACAUGGUUUAGAUUAUAUGAAAAACCAGCCAGCAAGAGUAUGUGAUCACUGCUUCAGGGAGCUACAGAAACAAGAUAACCAGUGCACUCCUAAGAGUGGAUCCCCAGUCAACCAUAAAUCUCCAUCAAGUGCCUUGUCUACAGUAUUACAUAGUAUUCCCUCUGGAAGAAAGCAGAAAAAAAUUCCCGCAGCUCUCAAAGAAGUUUCAGCAAAUACAGAAGACUCUACAAUGAGCGGCUACCUACACAGAUCUAAGGGCAGUAAGAAACCAUGGAAACACCUAUGGUUUGUUAUAAAAAAUAAGGUGCUAUACACAUAUGCUGCUAGCGAGGAUGUGGCAGCAUUAGAGAGCCAGCCUUUACUUGGAUUCACAGUCAGUGAAGUAAAAGAUGAAAACUCAGAGUCUAGAGUGUUCCAUCUACUGCACAAAAACACUUUAUUUUACAUAUUCAAAGCAGAUGAUCCCCAUUCAGCUCAAAAGUGGAUAGAAGCUUUUCAAGAAGGCACCAUAUUGUAGCAGUGUCAGCACUGUGUCUGCGAGCCUAAAGGAAAAUGUCCAAGGAUGAUGGUGGUAAAACAGCAUCCCACAGAUAUUCGAAGAAAAAGAAUCCUGCCAUCUCAACCUACUCAAAAUUGUAUAUUUGUCAGGAUUAGGAGUUGUUGCAUUUUUAGUGUAAGGUAAUAUUUUUUUAAAGAAUUGUGUGUAUUUCUGUGUUGAUACAAAAUGUGUUAUUUAUUAAAUUCCAAUGUUUACUUUAAUGGUCAGAAUUAUUUGUGAGGUCUGCAUUGAAGUCCAAAGUGCCCAUGUCUUCAGAAUGGCAAGUCCUUCGCCAACAGAGUUGUUAAGAUUGUGCAUUUUUAAAAAACAAACCAAAACACCCAACAAAUCUAUUACAGUCGUACAGUUCCUCAUGACUUCUCUGUGGGUCUUGAGCUGCUGAUGCCUACUUUGCAGUUAAGCAGGAACAGAUGAGAAUAGGAAUUUCAAAGGUCUGGGAUAUUUGUCGGCUGUGUAAACUCCUUUAGGAGGCAUUGUAUAAUAAUGCUGCUCCUUUCCUUGAAUGGCAGUUGAAAUCUUGCAUACCAGUACAUUAAAACAGUACAACAAAUUCUGUGUCACAGAAGUCAUUGCAAAGUACGGUUCAAUUAUAACAAAGGGGAAAUGUAUUUUAAAACAGACCUUGCAAUUACAGAAAUAAGGCACUAGAGCUUUUACAGUCCUACAAAUGCCAAAGAGACUUUAUGAGUUACCUUCAAACAAUUGCAGGAUAUAUGUUCUUCUGUGUUUCCAGUAGUAAUUUAAAGCAGAGUGAAAAAUACAGUUUUGAUACACAGGGAAAAGAUGAAAUAUCUUAUUUGUUUCAAAACUUUGUGUCAAAUGAGUUCUGUACGCAGCAUAAAACACUGUAUAAACUAUUGUUCAAAGAACGUUAAACAAAUAUAUGCACCUCCUUCCCCCCAAAUUUUAAACUAUUGUAUAUUUAAAUAUUAUGUUUAAACUGGAAGUGCUGUACCAAGAAAGCCCAGCCUUUUUCAUACAGAUGGCAUUGAAAAUGUGUAUAAUUCUUUGAAAUACCUUUUGUUUACAUUAUUUGUUCUGUUUGACACUUUAAAACAUGAUUCAGUUUUAGGUGUUGGGGUUUUUUUUUCUUUAAGAAAAUUGUUGGUAUACCUCAUUAGGAAAUACUUACUGAUGAUUCUGGUGCAUUUAUUCUAUUUAACUUGUGAAAAAAAAAAAUUAACACUGUAAUAGCAUCAAUGGAACUAGAACUAUGAAACACAUGAAAGGAAGCCAUUUUUAUGUCAAAUACGAUGCAUAUGUAGCCAGAUUAUUUCACUGUAUGAAACACUUUUCAGUAGUCCUCUGAAUCGAGCAAUUCACUUAUUAAUUAAUAGUUUGAAACCACGUUAACAGCUGUUCUAUGGCCUCACAAAGGAAAGCGUAGAUGAUAGAACAGUCAUCACAGAAAGGCCAAGAAUCAAAAUGCAAACUGAAACUCUCCUCUUGCCUCAAAUACCUUAAGAUCAGGUCUAAGAUACUAACAUAGCUCUGAAGAAGCUUGAUUUUCCAGAGCUUCUGUUAAGUUAGCACCAGCACUGGAAGCCUAAUGCGUAAUAUUAAGUAUACAAGUAAUUUCAUUGACUUCAAGCAUUUCAGUGGAGUACCUUUCUGAAUCAGGGACUUCAGGCUGUAGAUCUGGCUUCCUUUAUGAACACUAUAGACUUGACCAGAUAGUGUUUGAAAUUCACUGGAAGUCUGAGCAAAGCCUUUAUUCUUUUAAUACUAACGUGAUAAAUUAAUAUUUUUCUCAUGUCAUAUAAAGGGCUUUUACUUAGUUUUCAAAAACAGCUGCUGACUGAAGCCACAUAAGCUCUUAGCAUGUCUCUAUAGGGUGAUUUCUGAUAUGGUUUUACUGUAUCCAAAAUGAAACUGAUAGCAAGGUAACAUAGAUGUGAUGUGGCUCUUCCAGUUAAUAUUAUCAAAGGGAACAGCUGUUUAAUAUUUUUAUAGGGACUGCACAGCAACUAAGAUGGAAAGCCAUGAAUUGGCAGAUGAACCAGAAAUUUGACUGGGGGCAAGUUAAUUUAAUUUCAACUCAUAGUUUGAUAUUUAUCUCCCUGCUACAAAACAGAGCAAUAAAUUCAAAACCCAUACUGAAUAAGGAGCCCAAGUUCUGCCGUGUGUGGUGUCAAACUACCUCUUAAGGAUUUGGUGCAGGGUGAGGAAACAGUGUUCUGUAAGAGUCAGAGGACUUACCCAGAAGCAGCUGAUCAAUCAAAAAAAUCUUUUUGUGACAGAAAUAGAUUAGAAUAGAGCCUUAAAAACAACAGUACACAUAUCACAGUCCAAUUCUGUGUGAAAUAAAUUCUUUGUAAGCACGUUCAAACAUUUUUUUUACUCCUUCUUCAGUGCUAGUGCUUUGUGUCAUACAAAGAACCCACAACGUAAGCAUUUUCAUAACAUUUCCAGAUGGCUGCUUUCCAAACUUAUCCUAUUUCUCCAGCUCACCUCCUAUUUGAUUUGUUACCAUCAAAAGUAAAAUAUUCACUUCUUGAUUAGUCUAAGCGCUAAAACAAGACCAGAAAUUUUUCAAGACCUGGCUACCUCUUCUUAUAAGAACCUGUAGUUCUUAAUUUAAGAUUGGUUAGUAGACUAUGAGACAAAUGUUAGCAUUAAAUACUAGUUCUAGCAUCUUUAUUCUUGGAUAAAUGAAACAUUCUAGCAUCCCAAAUUCUCUUUAGCUUAAAACUACUUCUUUUCCUGCCCAAAGGACUUAAAACAAAUGGAUAGCUGAGCAGUUUUGGAACACAUUGUACUAAAUAUUUUUUGUGUGUGGAAACUUGAUUACAUUACGUAAUCAGAACAUCAGAACGUAAAGAGAUGUUUGGAAAGACACAUGCAAUGCAUUUGUUUGCCAUAACUGCUCUCCCCUGUAUUUAUCAUCCAAAUAGGCUGUUAUUUGGACCAGUCCUAAAUUGUACUGUCUAAAUAAAAGAAUAGAAUCUUUAUUUUGUAAAUGAAAACAGUUUAAAGUUGUAAAUAUUCCUGUUGAUAUGUAUCAUUUUUGUAUAAAUAAAUUCUCAUUAGUUGA